UCUGACUUUGACGGCCAGGCAUGGAAGACAUCAGAUUGCCUUCGGGUGAUUCCCGAGCUGCUUGAAGAGUAUCCAGCAGUGACUAUUGUGAUCGACGCACUUGCCGAGGUUCAUAAUGGAGACAGACAGGACCUAAUGAGUGCACUGGCUAAGCUUUUGCGAUCAACGGAUACACUACUCAAAGUAUUCAUAUCUAGUCGGAAUAACUUGGACAUUGCA